AUGCUGAAAACAGGCCUUUGUCGGCGUGCUGCGGCUACGACCACCAUCACCAGUACCGUUCCCAGCAACCUGCUGACGGAGGAUGGACGGCCGUUUGCCAUGGUGGCACGUGAGGUGAGGAUGAUGCAGCAAAACAUGGCUGGGCUUGUCAGCAACAGCAAUAACGCGGUUCUCAAUCACAUUGCCAAAUAUGUUUUUUCAGUGAGUGGGAAAAUGUUGCGUCCAACGCUGGUGGCGAUGAUGGCACAUGCGUUACUGCCGCCGCAUGUGAGUGAACAAAUUCGUGCGGAAAGCAUCGGCUCAAUUGAUGACAUUUCUUCCGGUGCCAUUCGUCCCUUCCUGCGACUUGGAGAAAUCACGGAGCUUCUCCAUACCGCUACACUUGUCCACGAUGACGUCAUGGAUAACAGUAACACACGUCGUGGACAACCCACAGUCCACUGCUUGUAUGACACAAAACGUGCGGUACUGGCAGGUGACUUCCUUCUCGCGCGUGCCUCCAUUUGGAUAGCCGCGUUGGGCCACUCCCGCGUUGUACUGCUCAUGAGUACCGCACUGGAGGACCUUGCUGCUGGAGAAAUGAUGCAAAUGGACGGCUGCUUUGACAUUGAGAGUUAUGAACAGAAGAGUUAUUGUAAGACAGCAUCUCUUAUUGCCAACUCCCUGGCAUCUACUGCGGUACUUGCGGGUUUGCCAAACACCGCCUAUGAAGAGGCAGCGGCGAAAUUUGGAAAGCAUUUGGGCAUUGCAUUUCAAAUUGUCGAUGACUGCUUGGACAUCACUGGGGAUGAUAAAAAUUUGGGGAAACCAAAGAUGGCAGACAUGGCAGAAGGCAUUGCAACACUUCCAGUUCUUCUUGCUGCACGAGAGGAAACGCGGGUCUACGAAGCAGUACGGCGUCGUUUUAAAAAUCCAGGUGACACGGAGAUGUGCAUGGAGGCGGUGGAGCGUCACGGGUGUGUUGCUGAGGCUCUUGAACAUGCAGGCGAACACUGUCGUCGUGGCGUUGAAGCACUUCAUGCGCUUCAUACAUCCCCCGCAAGAGAUUGUCUUGAGGCUGCGAUGGGACUUAUUUUAACGCGACAAGUAUGA